AUGCUGGAUGGUCAUUUAUUCUCCGAGGGGCCCGGCAGCCCCCGGGAGCGCCAGGAUGAGGAGUCUGCAAGCUGCCUCUGGGUGCAGAAAUCCAAGCUGCUGGUGAUCCAAGUGAAGACUAUUUCCUGUCGUUAUAGUCCCCGUGCCCCUCCUCGACAGACCAUGGACUUCCAGGCCGGCCACUGGAUCCGCGAGCCCCAGAGCCACACGUGUGGGCCGCGCCCAGCGUCCCCUGAGCCGCCUCCCCGCCGGCCCUGGGCCGCCAGGGUGCUGCAGGAGGCGACCAACUGGCGGGCGGGGCCCGCAGCCGAGGCCCGGGCCCGGGAGCAAGAGAAAAGGAAAGCGGCGUCGCAGGAGCGCGAGGCCAAGGAGACCGAGCGGAAAAGGCGCAAGGCCGGCGGGGCCCGCAGGAGCCCCCCGGGCCGGCCGCGCCCGGAGCCUCGGAACGCCCCUCGGGCGGCACAGCCCGCAAGGCUCCCGGCUCCAUCGCGGCCCGAGCGCCUGGGGCCGCUGGGGCUGCCGCCCCGUCCACCCGUGCAGCCGCCGAGCGACCCGAGGGCGGCGUGGGUGGGGCCCUGGGGCGGCCGGAGGCCGGGGCCCCCGAGCUACGAGGCUCACCUGCUGCUGAGAGCCGCCGCGGGCACGGCCCCCCGCCGCCGCUGGGACCGCCCGCCCCCCUAUGUGGCGCCACCUUCCUAUGAAGGCCCCCACCGGACUUUGGGGGCCAAAAGGGGCCCCGAUCCCUCCCGGGCGCCCGUCUCCUCAGCCCCUGCUCAGACUCCGGCCAGGACAGAGGGGGGGCACACAAAGAAAAGGCUGGACCCUCGGAUUUACCGGGACGUCCUAGGGGCUUGGGGGCUUCGACAGGAACGGGGUCUCUUGGGGGGGUCUCCGGGCUGUGGACCGGCUAGGCCACGGCUGGAGCCCCGCAAGGGGGCCGCAGAGAAAAGCCUGGGGCCGGCUGCUGCUGGCCGGAACAGUGGGAGCGACCGCCACCCCCAAGCCAACCCCGCUGGGAACCCAGCUUCCGGGGGGUCGGCCACGGAGACUCGCAGCCCCCCGCGUCCCGCCCCCAGGUCCAGGCCCCGUCUCCAGGGCCCCGGGGAAGGGAAAGCAUGCAGAGCACAGAGCUGGCUCCCCAGAUCCUGGAACCCCUCCCUUAGAAAGCACCCGCCCCCACACAGCCAGACCCUGCCCAGGCCCUGGGCUCCGGGGGGCACCGGAUCCAGAGAGUCCCCGGGUCCCAGAGGGAGGGCCGGGCCCCUGGGGGGCGGGAGGGCACCCCGCCGCGCCCACACCCUGCCCCGCAGCGCCAGCGGCCCAGCCCGCGGAGAAGGCAUUUUUGUCAUUGACGCCACGUGCGUGGUGAUCAAGUCCCAGUACGUCCCGACUCCGCGAACCCAGCGCGUGCAGCUUCUGCCCGCGGGGCCGCCACGCGCGGCGGGAGACGCCCCCGGCCGCCCGCAGCCGGGCCAGGAGGAGGGCGCGGGGGCCGCGGCCUCUCCCUCCCCUCGCCGAAAGCUGCAGUCCGGCAGCCGCCUUUCACCACAGCCAUCUGCGGGGCGCGGGUUCGAAGACAACGAGGGCGGGGAGCCCGCCGAGUCCUCCUUGGAGGAGCGCGCCUCCCGCAUCCUGGGGCUCCCGGCGGACGAAGUGCACCUGCCGGGCGCCCCCGCGCAGCCGGGGAGCCUCGGGCGCUCCGCCGCGGGCCCGGCGACCUCCGGAGGCGCGCAUCCUGCCGAGGAGGGCUCAGGGGACGUGGCGGGGCUCCGGCGGCCCGCGGGGCGGGGCUGGGCGCGGACCCCGGGGCCCUACGCCGGGGCCCUGCGGGAAGCCGUGUCCCGCAUCCGCCGCCACACCGCCCCGGACUCGGACUCGGACGAAGCUGCGGAGCUCGGCGCGCACAGCAGCUCUUCGGAUGGGAGCGACACGGAGGCCGCCGGCGCCCCCUGGCGGGAGGAGCGGGCCGGCUGCCGCGAAGGGGGGAAGACCACGCAGCCCGACCACAGUAUCCGCAAGAUUCUGGAUGUCAUCAGCCACACCGAGGAGGCCCUUUUUGGAGAGAGGAACACGAAGGGGACCCCGCAGAGAAACAGGGAGCGGCAGUAA